ACCAUCUUACUCUUCAUUGGCCCACCACUAGCUGUCUCUCUAUUUUUCAGAUUAAAAUGCCUUCAGUCAAGAACACCAUCACCUUUUUGCUGGGCCAGGCUCUUCUUGCCACGGGUAGCCCAGUAGAUGUUGAGAAAGUUGAGAAACGUCAAUGCCCGAAGAUUCAUGUCUUCGGUGCUCGUGAGACUACGGCACCGCCGGGAUAUGGUUCAUCUGGUACUGUUGUGAAUCUGGUCAUCUCAGCUCAUCCUGGAACCACGUCCGAGGCCAUCAACUACCCAGCUUGUGGUGGCCAGUCUUCUUGUGGCGGAGUUAGCUAUGCCAACUCGGUUGUUCAAGGUAUCAACGCAGUUGUCACGGCGGUGAACAACUUCCACAACUCUUGCCCAAACACACAGCUAGUCUUAGUCGGAUACUCGCAGGGUGGCCAAAUCUUUGAUGACGCAUUUUGCGGUGGAGGUGACCCUGCUGAGGGAUAUGGCAAUACUGCUGUUCCUUUAUCUGCAGGAGCAGUCUCUGCUAUCAAGGCCGCAAUCUUUAUGGGAGACCCUCGAAAUAUUCACGGACUGCCGUACAAUGUCGGAACCUGUGCUACCCAAGGUUUCGAUCCCCGCCCAGCUGGCUUCUCUUGUCCCAGCGCAUCCAAGAUCAAGUCGUACUGUGAUGCCUCAGACCCAUACUGCUGCAAUGGAAACAACCCUGCCACUCACCAAGGCUACGGCCAGGAGUACGGCCAGCAAGCCCUCGCUUUUAUCAACAGCAAGCUCUCAUAAGUUGAGGAAUUAUUGGGCGCUGAUGACUCUAAUGAUGUAGUGGGUUGUUGGAAUGUCCGUCAAGGGCGAUGGCUAUCACGUAUAAAAGUAAUAUGGCAUUUACACUUCAAAUUGAUCAUUCUGUUUAUUGAGUUGAUGACUAUUGUGA